GCUUCAGACCCUCUGAUCAGCACAGGUUUCCGACAUGGCUGGCCUUCUUUACAUUUCGUACCAGGGGAUGAACCUUCCCAUUCACUUCCACACUCCGGAGGCUCUGCAGGACUGGGAGCAGUUCACUUUUCGCCCGGAUGAUAUUAUAGUAGUAACAUACCCAAAAUCAGGUACAAAUUGGAUGCUGGAGAUAGUGCCACUGGUUCUGUCCGGAGGGGACCCCAGCCUGGUGAACUCUGUGGCCACUUGGGAUCGCAGUCCCACGGUAGGAUGUGUGCAGAAUCCUACCAAGGAUAUGGAAAAUUUGCCCACCCCACGGAUCUUUACCACACACUACUUAUACAACGUUCUACCCAAGUCCUUCUAUCAAGUCAAACCCAAGGUGAUCUACGUUAUGAGGAAUCCCAAAGAUGUACUGAUAUCUGCUUAUUACUAUUAUGAGAGUGUGGAUUAUCACGCUAAUCCAGGCCCGCUGAAAGAGUUUUGGCACAAAUUCCUCGAAGGGGAAGUUCCAUACUGUUCCUGGUUCGAUCACAUGAAGGGCUGGUUGAAUAUGGAGGACAAGUCACACAUUUUGUACGUGGCCUAUGAGGAGAUGAUACAGGAUCUGCCGCAGGUGGUCAGGAGGAUAGCUGAGUUUUUGGAGAAGCCUCUAGAGAAGGAGCAGAUAGACAGAAUCGCAGACAGGUGUUUGUUCAAGAACAUGAAGAACAACAAAUUACCCUCGACCUUUGACCACUCCAAGUUUUUCAGGAAAGGAAUUGCUGGCGACUGGAAGAACCAUCUCUCAGAGGAGGAUGCACAGUACUUUGACUCUGUAUACAAAGAGAAAAUGAAAGAUAUUGAUUUUAAGUUUAUUUGGGGUUAAAAAUGGAGCUGGUGUAAAUUCAGCCUGGGAGACCUAACUUUGCUUCUGUCAACCUUUACCCUCUCUUCAGCCUUCAUCACCUCCUUCAAAUACCUCAGCAUCUAAUCGUCCCCUUCACUCUCCUCAUCCUCUCAUCAUCCCCUUCGCUCUCCUCAUCUUCUCAUCCUCUCAUCAUCCCUUUCAUUCUCCUCAUCCUCUCAUCGUCCCCUUCACUCGUCUCAUCCUCUCAUCAUCCCUUUCAUUCUUCUCAUCUUCUCAUUGUCCCUUUCACUUUCUUCACCGUCUCACCGUCCCCUUCAGUCUCCUCAUCCUCUCAUCUUCUCAUCGUCCCUUCACUCUCCUCAUCUUCUCUUCAUCCCUUUCAUUCUCCUCAUCCUCUCAUCAUCCCCUUCACUCUCCUCAUCCUCUCAUCUUCUUAUCAUUCCCUUCGCUCUCCUCAUCCUCUCAUCAUCCCUUUCAUUCUCCUUAUCUUCUCAUUGUUCCCUUCA